GUCGAUGCAGGCGUAAUGAUACCUCUAUCCGUCUUUCUGCACACGUCCAUUCAGGUGGCAAAUUGGUGAAAGUCUCGGGGUGGACAGAAGAUGUGUCGGGGCAUCUUUGCGGCUUGUUAUUUGCACAUGAAAGUCGCCGGCCUGUCUGACUUAAAGGGGUCGAGAUAGAGAUAGACAGAAAAGGGAGACAGACGACAGCGGGCUUCUCUUCUCCGUCUUCAAGCUUUGUUUUGUUUUAUUUUCUUUCCUCAGACGCAGUUUGCUCGUUGAGAACUUGUGCUCCAAGAGCCUGACAAAGAUGUCAGAAAACUGCGGGCUAUUUUUGGCAAACAUACAAGUCUGCAGCGCCUCCGGGCUCCGCGAGACAUUUUUAAAAAUUUCAUCAGGUCUUGCUGUAGUGAAGCGAGUGAUUUUAUUCUUUUUGUUAUUCCAUUCUGUUUUUCUUGCCUUGCAGGAUGAUGCCCCUUUCAACCGGCAGCCCAUGGCCACAAACAAGCUCAACAAAAUCCAGAAGAUCAAAACUUUAGACGUAAUGGGAUUGCGCUCUGUAAUCAGCCUGAAAGCAACUGGAGUCACGGCAAGCGAGCGGUGAUACAGAGUCAUAAACCAAAAAGGAAGCAAGAUCCAUUAACACCAACGGGUCCCCCUGUAAAGAAAGUGAUGAUCGAUCACGUGACUCUUGCUAACUUUAUGAGCUAAUUUGAGCGGAAGUUCUAGUGCUAGCUUACCCCAUCUUCAUUUCUAACACUAAUUAAUACAUCCCUAAGUUAGUGUUAAAAUCGAACGCUAUCGGAACGCUAAUUCUCCAAGUCCUACCCUUUCGAUAGCUUAGUUUUCUGGAAUUUUCCUUCACUGUGCAAGUAGCAAAGAUUGACAGAAAAUCUUAUUUGUAAUCAUAUUUCACCCAAAGAUCAACAAGUUUCUUGAUGGACGUUCAUGCUAAUCUCAUAAUUAGCAUGGUCAAAUUCUGAUUUUUUUUUUUUUUAAACCUUUUUUUUUUUUUUUUUAUUCGUUGGACAAUUUUCAGCAUCAGCCAUGCAUACUCCAAAGAUAGCAAGAUGUUUACUGACUUGCCCCAUGCUAGUUACACUUGGCACCUAAUUCGAGCCAAUUUUCGAAUGCUAGACUAUCUUAGCAUAAUUUCGAAAUGCUAAUCCUUAAACGUUCUUGCGUAAAAUGUCAAGAGCUUAUCUACCUUACUCACUCACACGUACUGGCCACAAAAAAAACAACCCAAAACGUUGAAUUAACUGAGGAAGGCAAUGAUCAAACCUGAAACUACCACCACCAUGUGGUUUGAAGGUCAUAAAGAAAUCCAGUGACACCUUAAAGAAUACUGAGGACAUCGACCACAACCAGAGAGAUGCUCAACCAAAACAUCACCAAGAAUUCCAGAGACUUGAUUCAUCUCAACAUCACUGACUAAUUUGUCAUCUGCUAAUCCCUGGACUGCAAGCAUGCCUCACCUCAACGUCACUGCGCUCUUAUCGAACCUGACCAACAGGCCAGAGUCGGGAAACCUGUAUCGGCCGUUCUCUGUGUUCAGCGUCCUCACGCUCACGCUUUUAGCCAUGCUCGUGGUGGCUACGUUCGUUUGGAACCUUCUGGUUUUGGUGACCAUUUUGAGAGUCCGAACUUUCCACCGUGUCCCUCACAACCUGGUGGCCUCGAUGGCCAUAUCGGAUGUGAUGGUGGCCGGGCUGGUGAUGCCGCUGAGCCUUGUUCGGGAACUUUACGGCCGCCGGUGGAUCCUCGGAAAAGCGCUUUGCCAAGUUUGGAUUUCUUGCGACGUUUUGUGCUGCACGGCCAGCAUCUGGAACGUGACUGCCAUCGCACUCGAUCGCUAUUGGUCCAUCACGCGUCACCUCGAGUACACGCUCAAGACACGAAAAAGGAUCUCCAACGUGAUGAUCGGACUCACGUGGCUGCUCUCGUCCGUCAUAUCCCUGUCGCCGCUCUUCGGCUGGGGAGAGACAUAUUCCGAGGAGGAUCUGGCAUGCCAAGUGAGCCAGGAACCAUCAUAUACGGUGUUCUCCACCUUCGGCGCGUUUUAUUUGCCCCUCUGCGUCGUGCUGUUCGUGUACUGGAAGAUCUACAAGGCUGCCAAGUUUCGCAUCGGAUCUCGCAAGACCAACACCAUCAUGCCAAUGGCGGAGAUUAUCGAGGUGAAGGAGGCAGUGGAACAGCCCCAGAUGGCGUUCAGCGUCCGCCAUGCAGCCGUGUCAUUCCAGCCCGAGGGCGAGACGUGGCGUGAGCAGAAGGAACGCCGCGCCGCGCUCAUGGUGGGAAUACUGAUCGGCGUCUUCGUGCUCUGCUGGAUCCCUUUCUUCCUGGCCGAGCUCAUCAUCCCGCUGUGCUCCUGCGACAUCCCGCCCAUCUGGAAGAGCGUCUUCCUCUGGCUCGGAUACUCCAACUCGUUCUUCAACCCGCUUAUCUACACGGCCUUCAACAAGAACUACAACAGCGCCUUCAGGAACCUCUUCAGCAGGCAGCGGUGACAAACAACCUACAAGUGCUAGUCAGCAUCAUGCUAACUGACUAACACUGCUUGGAGAAAUACCACCAUUUGGUAAACUUCACCUACAAGAACUACAACAGCGCCUUCAGGAAGCUGUAAUGAAAGCAAAUGACCACCAAUUAGCCUUGUGCUAACUGACAUAAUGGUCAUGCUGCAGUUUCGCUACAAAAUAUUGUGUGUACAUUACAUCAGGAACUGGCAACGCUGACAAAUAUAACCUUAAAUUAGCAUCAUACUAACUGAACGAAUAAUGAAAUCAUUAUACAUGACAUGCUAAUGAAUCUUCCCAAAACUGUUUAUAUACGCAGCCAG